AUGUGCUACUAUGGCAGCUACUAUGGAGGCUUGGGCUAUGGCUAUGGUGGCCUAGGCUGUGGCUAUGGCUGUGGCUAUGGCUGUGGCUAUGGUGGCUAUGGUUAUGGCUGCUGCCACCCACUGUGCUGUAGAAGAUACUGGUCCUGUGGCUUCUACUGA